AUGCGUCUCGACGCCGCUUUCACAGCUCUGGUCUCUUCGGCUACCCUCAUGGGCUAUGCCCACGCCGAGGAGGCUGAAGCUAUUCCUAAUGCUGCGGCUGACAUUGAGAAGCCCACUUUCACUCCUACUGCCCUCAAGGCUCCUUUCCUGGAGCAGUUCACCGACGACUGGGAGUCUCGAUGGAAGCGUUCCAGCGCCAAGAAGGACGACCCCAAGUCUGAGGAGGACUGGGCUUACGUUGGUGAGUGGGCUGUUGAGGAGCCUUCCGUUUUCAAGGGAAUUGAGGGCGACAAGGGUCUGGUUGUCAAGAACGCAGCUGCCCAUCACGCGAUCUCCGCCAAGUUCCCCAAGAAGAUCGACAACAAGGGUAAGACCUUGGUUGUUCAGUAUGAGGUCAAGCCCCAGAACUCUCUGGUCUGUGGUGGUGCCUACCUGAAGCUACUGCAGGAGAACAAGAAGCUCCACCAAGAGGAGUUCUCCAAUGGAACUCCCUACGUGAUCAUGUUUGGUCCUGACAAGUGCGGUGCCACUAACAAGGUUCACUUCAUCUUCCGCCACAAGAACCCCAAGACCGGCGAGUACGAGGAGAAACACCUGAAGACUCCUCCCGUCGCCCGUACCUCCAAGGUCACCUCCCUCUACACCCUGAUUGUCAAGCCCGAUCAGACCUUCGAGAUCCUCGUCAACGGUGAAUCCGUCAAGGAGGGUAACCUUCUGGAGGAUUUCACCCCUGCUGUCAACCCCGAGAAGGAGAUUGAUGACCCUAAGGACAGCAAGCCCGCCAACUGGGUUGACGAGGUUAAGAUCGCCGACCCUGAGGCUUCCAAGCCCGCUGACUGGGAUGAGGAGGCUCCUUUCGAGAUCCUGGAUGAGGAGGCUGAGCAGCCCGAGGACUGGUUGGAGGAUGAGGCCACAAGCAUUCCCGACCCCGAGGCUGAGAAGCCCGAGGACUGGGAUGACGAGGAGGAUGGCGAUUGGGUUCCCCCCACUGUUCCCAACCCCAAGUGUGCUGAUGUCUCUGGCUGUGGCGAGUGGACUCGUCCCAUGACCAAGAACCCCGAAUACAAGGGCAAGUGGUCUGCCCCUCUCAUCGAUAACCCUGCCUACAAGGGUAUCUGGGCUCCUCGCAAGAUUGCCAACCCCGCCUACUACGAAGAUAAGACUCCCUCCAACUUAGAGCCCAUGGGUGCCAUUGGUUUUGAGAUCUGGACUAUGCAGAACGAUAUCCUGUUUGACAACAUCUACAUUGGUCACUCCGUUGAGGAUGCCGAGAAGCUCCGCCAGGAGACAUUCGAUGUUAAGCUCGCUGUUGAGGAGGCCGAGGAGAAGGCUUCCCAGCCCGAGCCUGUGAAGCCCGCCGAGGGCACCACCACCACUUUCCAGGAAGACCCUGUCACCUUUGUCCGCCAGAAGGUCGACUUCUUCGUCAACCUGGCUAAGGAGGACCCCAUCAACGCUGUCAAGACUGUUCCUGAGGUUGCCGGUGGUCUGUUCGCUCUGCUCCUUGCUUCCAUUCUCGUCGUUGUGGGUGCCAUCAGCUCCAGCAGCCCUGCUCCCUCCGCUGAGAAGAAGGGCAAGCAGCCCGCCAGCGCUCCCAAGGAGAAGGCCGGCGAGGCCACUAGCUCUUCCGCCGAUACUGGCAAGGGCGGUGCCACCAAGCGCACCACUCGCUCCUCUGCCGAGUAA